AUGUUCGUGAAAGUUUCGUGCCUUGUCGGGACGAUAAUUGCGCUACUUUGCGUUUGCUCUUAUGCUCAAGAGCCACAACUCCUCUCGGAUGUUUGUUUAGGCUGUAUAUGCGAAGUUACUUCGGGAUGUAACAACACCAUCGGCUGUUAUGGUAAUGUAUGCGGACCGUUUGGCAUAACAUGGGGUUACUGGUCAGACGCUGGCAGGCUGACUAUAAACGACGAGCCGAGCAGUAAUGAGGGUGCCUACAGUCGAUGUGCGAACGAUCUCCAGUGUUCCUCUCGUACGAUACAACGCUAUAUGGCCAAAUUCUCUAGUGACUGCACUGGAAACGGAGUGAUCGACUGUGACGAUUAUCUGCGUAUUCAUCGAUUGGGUGCAUACGGCUGCACCGGUACGCUAAGUGCCUUGUAUGAGACUAGAUACAAGUUGUGUAUGCAAGCUUUCGCAGCUUAUAAUGUAUAAAUAUCAUGUUUGAAUUUAAUAACAAUCCAUUAAUUAUCGUAAUAUACUUAUAAAUAUGUGAUAAAGAUUUAUCGUAUAUCUUUAUCAAAUAUUUGGAGUAUGAUUACUUAUCACAAUGCAAGAAUUUUUAGUUUUGUCUGAUAGAAUUUGAUACUCGAUAAAUAACUUUAUAGAAAACGUACAAUUUUAUAAUAAUGCAUUUAUGUAAAGUAAGACAUGUGUUAUUAUUUGCUUUAAAAUGAUACACACAAUUAAUAAUUGGAUUUAUGGAUCUAUAUUGAUAAAAUUUAAACUAAAUUGUUACAAUUAGUUCAACUCAAUAUAUCGAUUUCUAUAAAUGUAUGUAUUUUGUUACACUAAAAAUAUUUAGUUUUAUGAUUUCUAUUUUAUUAACUGUAAAAGAUUGAGAGAUUUGUAAUAAGUAAUUAAGAUAAUUUACUUAUUUCAUCAAAAUGCAUCAACAAUAAUACACAUCAAACUUUUGUAUAAAAAACUCAUAUAUAAAUAUCACAUGUGCAAUAAACAUAAUGUGACCAUAAAA